AGGAAAUGAAUCAAGGCCUGCAGCCGACCUCAUGUCCAGUUGAAUGAAACUGUGAUCCAGGGCAACAACCACAUGUUCGUCUGCAGGAAGAAUAUAAAGAGAAGAAGAAGGAGCUUAACGCGGGUGCAGUCAGAUGUCAAAGAACUGCAACUUCACAAAGCCAAGAAGAUCAGGAAAGUGAAACCCUCCAUGCUGCUCAAGUGCCAUACACUACACAACAUGAUGACAUAGUGAGGUACAAUAACUGUAAAAGAAAUUGAUGAAAAUGCAAAGAAAAUAACUGACACCUUCAGAAAUUCUGGCGAAAGGUCUGCUGAUCCAUCUGUCACUCAACUACAGCCGGGCGCCACCAUGAGCUUACGGAAACUCGGUUUCAAAUGGUUUGGCAGCCUGACCAACAUCUCUUUUCGUCGCUCCACUGACAAAUCGGACUCAAAGGCCUCGAAGUCAAGGGCUGGAGAUGAUGGUGAAUGUGCUGCCUCGGGUAAGUUGAGUCCAGUUGUCGAGACAACGCUGGACGAUCUGGGGGCAAUGCGUCCUCGCACUGCCAGCUACGUCCGCUCCAGUGAGGACUACACACAUGUGGGCACGCUGCCUCGGCUGCUGAUGAGAAAGAGGGAUAAAAGCAGCAAAGAAAUCUCCAGCAGCAGUAAAAAGACUAAAGACAAGGGCAGCGUCAGCAGAAGUCAAAGCCAGAGACCAGCAGGAGACAAGAAAGAGGUUUCACAGACACUUUUAGGUUCCUUGUCCAAGACAUCUGAGGUUAAAGCGGAAGUCACUGCUGACACGGGGUUGAAAGAAGUACCUUCAGCUGAGAGUGCAGAAAAUGUCCCGGAUGUUACUUCAGCUGAUUCCAAGACGCAGUCUGAACCCGUAAAAGAUCCCACAAUCAACCAAAGCAUCCAUUCUGGAAACAAUACCGCCAGUGAGGAAGUGCUACCAUCUGGUGGUUCAGAUGUAGUACAUCAGUUGGAGGAGAAGAAAGUGUCCAACCCUGAAGAGAUUCCUGUCAGUCAAGAAAGAGAAGAAACUAUUGAAAGUGAUGGAUUAGAGCUAAAGGAGGGUGAACAGAAAGCAGAGAUGGAUAAAGAAGACGACAUUUACUGCCACAUGAAGCCGGCAGAAACCCACGCAGAACAAGUUCAGUUUUCAAAGGAGAAAUACCUGCUGGAGUCUCCUCCGGAGAAACUUCGUAAAGAACUGGAAGAGGAGUUGAAGCAGAGCCCUGCUGAUAUCCGGAGCCAUGGCUGGUACCAUGGACAUAUACCCAGAGAGGUGUCUGAGUCUCUGGUUUUGCGAAAUGGUGAUUUCCUUGUGCGAGACUCCCUGACCAAUGUCGGCGAUUACGUUCUGACCUGUCGAUGGGACAAUGAGGUUCUCCACUUCAAGAUCAGCAAGGUUCUGGUGAAAUCAAAUGAGACUAAGGUGCAGUACGUGUUGGAGUCAGACAGCUUCGACUCUGUUCAGGAGCUCGUGCGCUUUUACGUGGGCCAACGCAAAGCCGUCUCGCAGUCCAGCGGCGCCCACAUCUACUGUCCCGUCAGCAGGACUCUACCUCUACGCUAUCUGGAGGCGACCUUCACCCUGUCCAACAGCAAGCACAGCUCCGCCUACUCGCCGUCCAGCCAGAGGGGGGCGUACAUCAAGCGACGAAGCGUCACCAUGACGGACGGGCUGACGACAGAAAAGAUGAUGCCUCACAGUGAUUCAGACAGCCCCAGUCCAGUUGAGACACCGUUGGCCCCGCCCGAGCCAGAGCCGGAGCCUGUGUCCGAAUGCAGCCCAUCAACCAUUCACCACCAUAAAGACGCAAUGCGCAAUUGUGCGAUGAGCAUGGACCAGAUUCAGGAGUACCGCUGCCCCUUGUCGCCUGUCGGGGAAACCCCGCUGUCUCCUGCGUAUAGUGCUGUCACCAGGCAGAGAGCCCACUCAGGCGGACGGGCCCUGGCCGUCGUCCCUCCCUCCCCCGUGAUGCGCCGUUCCAGCGACCCUCAGCUCAGCCCCUUGGACGGCUGCGCUCCCGCAGAAUAUCCCACGCAAACGUCUCAUUCGGUACACUCCUCGCCUGCCCAUCAUUCCGCCUACCAAUCGCAGUCGUCGGAGACGGCUGGAAGUUACUGUGACCUCAGACCCUGUCCCUGCGGGCCGCCCAAGCCCCCAACUAAGAGUUACGUAGAGCGACUGCGAGUUGAAGAACUGAGGAAAGGCGAAGGCCGAGAAGGAGACGGGACAUCUGUUGCCCCGCUGGUGGAGUCGACCUCCUUAUUCAGGCCAUCCAGGUAUGAGUCUAGUCUACUUCCUGCUGAAAAUAAGCCUCUGGAGAUGUCAGUCCUGAAGAGAGUCAAAGAGCUGCUGGGUGAAGUCGAUGCCAGUACCGCAGCUAAACACAUCACACUCGUCGACUGCAAGGUUGCUAGAAUAUUAGGUGUAACGACAGAGAUGCAAAGGAUGAUGGGAAUGUCCUCAGGGUUGGAGUUGCUGACUUUACCACAUGGGCAUCAGCUGAGACUUGACCUGCUGGAGAGGUUCUACACCAUGUCUAUUAUGAUGGCCGUGGACCUCCUCGGCUGUACAGGAAGUACAGAGGAGAGAGCGGCCCUGCUGCAUAAGACCAUCCAGUUAGCAGCAGAACUGAAAAGUAACCUGGGAAACAUGUUUGGUUUUGCGGCUGUGAUGAGAUCCCUGGAGAUGCCACAGAUUUCCCGCCUGGAGCAGACGUGGGUGACCUUACGCCAGAGACAUACAGAGGGCGCUAUUCUGUACGAGAAAAAACUCAAACCAUUCUUGAAAAACAUGAAUGACGGCAAAGAGUCCAGUGUCAUGUCCAGCACCUCCUUCCCCCAUGUCCUCCCAGUCCUGUCUCUACUGGAGCGAGGCGCUGCCGUCGGGGAGGUGCUCGAACCCUGGGAAAGCUCCGAGGCCGGCGUGGACGUGGUCAUGCACCACCUAGAGGCCGCACGUACCAUUGCACAUCACGGGGACAUCUACAAAACAACCGCUGAGACCAAGCUGCAGGGACUCCAAGAGCGAGCUGAGAUACACGAGGUCUUCCAGACGGAGUUUCAGAUGCGUCUGCUGUGGGGCAGCCGUGGGUCCGAGGGCAACCAGUCGGAGCGCUACGAGAAGUUCGACAAAGUCCUCACAGCUUUGUCGCACAAACUGGAGCCUCCCGUGCGCCACAGCGAGCUAUAGCAUCAGCCCAGAAACUCCAGAUCGCCAAAACACUCUUGUUGCACUUACCACUCCCGGUGUGGUAUGGUUUUAUUUUGUGUCGGAAGUGGGGGAUGAUGAUGAUGAUGAUGAUGAUGAUGAUGAUGAUGAUGAUGAUGAUGAUGAUGAUGAUGAUGAUGAUGAUGAUGAUGAUGAUGAUGAUGUGAAAGAAGCAGAAAUGAAUGAGGAGGCAGCUAAAAGUGCACGAGGAGAUUUUUUUUACUUAGAACAAGUGUGGCACUCACUGUGGAAAUGAAAAAAACAACAAAACAAAACAAAAAAACUUGUUUACCUCCCUGUGGACUAACCUGCUAAAAUAUUUAAAUCUGAGGGAAAAGCUGUUCGAUGGGAACAUGUGUACGGUGGGCUCUGAGGGCCAAACGAAGCUGCGAAAUUUGGCAUCGCUCCAGUAAAACUCAAACUUACGACUGCUGUCACAAACUACAGCCGAGAUAACCAUGACACUUUACAUAGCUCUCGGGAUGUUUAGUCUGUAUGAGCAUCGAUAAGCCUGCUCCUCCAUUUUUGUUUCUGUUCUUAUAUUUAUUUGUUUGUUUGUUUUUUUAAUAAUAUCAAAACACUGUGGCCACUUCUACAUGAAACUCGUGAAUCUCUCAGCGCUAAUCACGAAGGAACCCUGCUAAUAAGACCUCAUUCAAUAUGGAUCACGCAAUCCCAUCUAGUUCUAUUAAAAAUGUACCAGGCAUGGAUUAAUAAAUGCAGAUUUAAUGCAGCAACUUUAACGUGAAAGCUCAGUGUGGACAAAGUGACCUUUCGUCUCUUCUGGCUGCUUAAUAUAUCUGAUAUUGUGGAUUGUGGAUCAUGUACUUUCAAAAAGCAGCAUCGUGCAGAAGACUACCUGGGAAUGUAUUCAUUUUAAAUUUAAUUAAAGCAAUGUUUCACUUAUUUGGGAGCAUUUAUGAACAUGUUACAGUUUGCAAAGCUUGGCCAAAACAGUCGAUGCACGCGGCUGUAAAUGCUGCACCGAGUUUAAUGUUGCUUUAAAAACAAUUUAAACACGCGUGUCAAAUAUAUGAAGCGCUGAAAGGACCGUGCGAUGAUGUACCAUUUAUGAGACUCACAAGGCAGAGAAAGUACAAGUCCGUCUCAGCAAAAUGACAAGUUAAUUUUGUUUUUCUAAUCCAGUUCGAAAAGUGACAGACUUUGGAUCCAAGUAUGGCAAGAAAAAGUUUAGUGGAAGGAAAAUGUAUAAGAAAAAAAGCAGACAAGAUGCAGGGAUAUUUGCAGCCUUUUGGAGUUGGAUGUAAUCUGUGACAGGAGUGAAUCUUUUGCUUCAGAUCAUAGUUUCUCAAUAGGCACACAAUGACGGGCAAAGUGUGUCUUGAGAAGGUUGCUGGACAAAACGAUGUGGCCCCACAAACUGCAGCAUUCAUCUGUGUGAGAUGUGGUGUUUUCUCCUAAGGGAAACUUUACGCCUCCUUGAUCUUGGUGAUGCAAUUUUCCUGCAGGUGUGCGGUCCGAAUGCAUUUAGUGCUUCAGAUACAUACGCAGUUACAAUAGUCCAUCCUCAACAUGUGGUGGUUAUCAGAUUUUGCUGGUUAACCUUUUUCUCAAACACUGGAUUAUGAUAUAAAGUCACUUUUUGAGUUAAAUUACAGAAAUAAAUUCAUCUUAAGAUAGCAUUGUAUUUUACAGAGAUGCAACUGUGUGUCAGGUUUAAUUUAUGUUUAGCUUGAAUGAUGGCUGUGUGUUUUUCAAUUUAUGUUUCAACAAUAGAGCUAAAAUAAUUGGAACAACCUCUGUUUUACUUUAAAGUAUUUUUGCCGUGAACUGGUCUGAGGAGGCUGUCGACGUCUCUCAGAGCUAUGCAAUCAUUUCAGCUGGGAACGCUCAAGAUAUUUAAGGAAUUUUAAUCUUCAAAUAGGUAAUUGGAGAUAUCGCAUCAGAUAUCAAAUCAGCUUUUUUCCUGAAAAUGUUCCAUCUACACCCCCACAGUUGUGUAUUCGAACUUUUCUGUGGAUGUUGGAUCCAAUUAUCUGUUCUGGACAGUUGGUGCCAUGUGCCACUUCCAACAGGAGAGGGCGCACUUUAGUUAGCAAAAAAUGUAAAAAGGGAAUAAAGACAUUACACAGAGGCAGGGAGAAAUUACACAGAUCUUGCUUGUUUUGUGACCAAGAGGAUACCUACUGGUUUAGGUUUCACUGACAUGAUGAUGAUGAUGUGAAGUGCUUUUAUUUGUA